UGGGCAAUGCUCGUAAGUCAUAUCCAACCCACUGCUAGCCAAACGAGCCCCCGAUCUCACCGUCCUUGAAGACUUGCGAGACAUGAUGCUCCUGGGGAUAUACCAUGGAGGUCUGAGAAGGAAAAAAAAAAAAAAAAAAAAAAAGAAGACUAUUUUAAGGGCGGUAGCCUCUUCGUGGGCGACGUGCUGCUGAUGCUGAAUAAAGCCCCCGAAAAAACAAAAUAACCCAAAAAAAAAAAAACAAAUCUGUCGAACUCUCUUCUCGUUUACGAGCCUCUCUCCGUCCCUGUCUGAGUUCGAUUACGCCGGCCCCGAAGGUCCGUCUCGCUUUUCCCGGCCGCCGGAGAUGCCAGCGUCGGCGACGGGAAACCGGCCGGAUGAGCUGGCGGAGCGCCUCGGCGUGGGCGGCGCCGCCGCGGAGGGGGAGGCCCUGCUGAAGGCGCUGAGGGAGGUGAAGAACCAGAUCAUUGGAAACAAGACCAAGAAGCUCCUCUACCUUCACCUCGGCGCCGUCCCCAGGAUCGUUUCCGUUCUUGCCUCCGCCGCGGGCGGCGGCGAUGCCGCCCUAAUUGUCCAGGCGGCGGCCGCGAUAGGCAGCUUUGCUUGUGGGGUGGAGGAUGGAGUUCGGGCGGUUCUCGAUGCCGGCGCUGUUCUUCACCUCACUCGUAUCCUCUCUCACCCUGAUGAGAAGGUUGUGGAUGCGGGAGCACGGUCGCUUAGAAUGAUAUUCCAGUCAAAGUUGACACCAAAAUAUGAUGUACUUCAAGAGAAAAACAUGAAAUUUCUUCUGUCACUUUUAUACAGAGAGAAUGAAAAUGUGACUGAACUUGCAGCAAGUAUUAUAGCACACUCUUGUGAAAGAAAUGAAGAACAGAAGGCACUCUACGAUGCUGGCAUUUUGCAGAGGCUUGUUAAAUUACUUGGGGGACCUCUAAAUCAAAGGGAUGCUUGUUUAGAAUCUAUAGAAGCAAUUGUCAGAAAUAACUCUGAAGUUGCUCAAAAAUUUGCAUGUAUCGACAAUGGGAAGGCAUUGAGUUCUUUGAUCGAGUUAAUACAGGACAGGUAUCCUAGGACAAGAUUGCUUGCCUGUAUAUGCUUGAUUACUAUCAGACAUGCUUCUCCUUGUUAUGUGCAAGAGAUGCAAAUCAAAACUAAAUUAAUACUAAUAUUGAUCGAGCUCCUUGAAGAACCUGGUAAAGCAGGGGAUGAGGCUCCAUUUGCAUUGACAAAUCUAAUAAUGGAUGAGGAGGAGUUACAUAAGCAGGCCGUUUCUAUUAAUACAGUUGAUAGGCUCUGCAAUUUCUUAUAUAAGGGUCCGAUAGAGGCUAGGCGUCUCCAGGGAAUAUUGCUUGCACUAGCUGAACUUUGCUCAAAAUUGGAAAAGUGUAGAUCUCAGCUUCUAUCUCUGCAGGUGUUAAACUUUAUUGUUGAUGCAUUGAAGCAUGAUUGCACUGACGUUCGUAUUGCAGCAUGCUGCUGUAUCAGGAACAUUUCACGGUCACUGAAGAAUCUGAGUGCAGGCCAUCUUUCCAGUGAAACUGUUGUUGUUCCUUUGGUCCAGCUUUUGCACGAUGAAUCUAGUUCAGUACAGGUUGCUGCGCUUGGUGCUAUUUGCAAUGUGGCUGUCAACUUUGCAACUCGAAAGUCCGUUUUUAUUCAAUGUGGAGGUGUUUCACAGCUUGUUCAACUAUCCAAGUCCAUGGAUCCAACACUCAGACUAAAAUCUGUAUGGGCUUUGAGGAACCUGAUGUUCCUUGCAGACAGAACAGAUAAAGAAUGUGUUCUUAUGGAGCUAACAGCAUCCAAUCUGGCUAGCCUAAUAUGUGAUUCUGAACAUCCCAUUCAAGAGCAGGCCUUGGCCCUGGUUAGCAAUCUCGUUGAUGGAUGUGGAGACCCUUUUGAGCAUGCUUUUGCCGAAGAUAAUGCCAUUAUAAAUGCUCUUGCUAGAAUAUUACAUGGUGCUUCCUCUCCAGGAGUAUGCAUACAGGGAAUGUUUUUGCUUGCUAAUAUUGCGGCUGGGAAUGAGUUUCAUAAGGAGGUGGUGUUGAAUUGUCUUCUUCCACCACAAGCAAACGGGGGCAGCCCCUUGUUCAUUAUUAAGUUUUUGCAGAGCAAGGAAAAUUUACUAAGAGUGGCUUCUGUGUGGUGCAUAGUUAACCUAACCUAUCGAGACAGUUUAUGCUCAUCCACUAGGGUUGCAAGACUCCGAGAUGCUGGGAUAAUAUCUCAAAUAAAAACUAUGGUCAAUGAUCCCUGCUUGGAUUGCAAGCUUCGAGUCAGAAUGGCUCUCGAGCAGUGUAUGGAUUUUGAGAACACUCAGCACGUCCAUUAAUGUCAACUUUUUGUUGUAUAGUUUGCAGUUCUUCUGAAAGAAUGGAACGGAUUAAUGCUCUUUGGAGGACCAUCUCGGUUCCAGUCAAAAGAAUUUAAUGCUUUUAAAGCUACAAGCUGAGAAAAACAGGGGUGGUAGAUGCUGAUUUUGAUCAAGGGGACUUUCAAGGGGCUCAAGGUGAGUUCUAAUGAACUCCAUGUAACAUGUCAUCUUUGUUUUCUUUGAAAUAUUUCAUAUGCUUGAUCCAAACUACAGAAUUUUCUGGGGAGCUGCUGUUAUAGCCUUGAGAUGCAUGUCCAUCCUUGUAGUCCAUUCCUACUGUAAUUGUGUUGGUGCAGGAUCCAUGCGUGCCUGUAAUGAUAACUCGCUUUCAAAGAGAGAGCUGGAACUUCGGGAAAUUUGUGGUGUCUAGUGAACUGAGUUUUGUUGCCCUACAAACUGAUUUUUGUUUCCC